CCUCCGGCGCUGCGGGCCGCGCGGCGCGCUGGUGGCGGCGGCCGCCCUCGGCGCGGGGGCGCUGCUCCUGCGCACGGCCGGGGCAAAGCACCCGGGGGCGGGCGUGGGCGGCCGCGCGGCGGGGGGCGGGCGAGGAGCGAGCUCCCCGCUGCCCGCUCGGGACGAGCUGCUCCGGCUGCAGCACAGCAGCAGCUCGGGGGCGGCGGCUCCGCGGGCCACUUCCUGUGCGCAGCCCCGGGGCAGUGCGAGCCCGAGCUGCAGCAAUGGCGGCAGCAGCCCUCGGCGCUGGCGGCCAGCGUGAGCGGCUCGCUCGACCAGGUGCCUGGCGUUGCCGCCCAGGCGUGGACUCCGGUCGCGCAGGCUUGGCAGGCUGCGCCGCCCGCGUUCCAAGGCCGGCCGGUGGGGCUCGGCGACGUCGCCGGCUUCAUGCGGGAGGUGCUCUCGUCGGACCCCUUCGGCACCGGGCAGGGCCAGCCGUACGUUCGCUUCAGCAAGCCGGGGCCGAAGUCGGAGCCGAAGGUGGUGGCGGUCACGCAGCGCCAGCUCGCGUUUCUGGUCGCCAACGUGCUCAUGGGCAACGACAUCUCCUCGGGGAACGGCCUGACCACCACGCUCUCCCGCUGUGCGAGCAAGGGCGCGACGGGCUACCUGUACUCGCUGCUCUCCCUGCUCGCCGUGCUCUCGCAGGAGCUGUCCGGGGGGCAGCAGGGGAAGAUGCUCGUGGGCGCCACGCCCAGGGACAAGGACGACAGCUGGAAGCUGCGGCUGGAGAACUACCUGAGCGCCCCCGAGACGUGUGUGUCCCAGGGCGAGGGCUCGAGCUGCCCAGACUUCAUGGCCGGUGGCACCCAAGGCCAGGCCCUGACGGACAUCGCCGGCGACGUGGUCGGUGGCGGUGGCGGCCUGUGCGACCUCGCGAACAGCCAGGACGAGUCUCUGAUGAUCUUCUACCCUGAGGUCCUCGCGUACGUGUUCUUCGCUGGGCCCGGAGACUUCGUGCCUGUGCCCUGGACGCUGCUGGGCGCGCGGCGCUACCUCAACGACCUGGUCGGGAACUCCGAGCGGAAGCCAGGGCCGACCGAGAACAAGUGCGGGUGGGUCCGCGAGCAGGAUGACUGGCUCAACCAGGGGAUCCCGUCGGCGGAGGUGCAGGUGCCCCUCAACGGCGGCACGGUGAGCGUCCCCGCGAGCGCCUUCGUGGCCGUGGCCUCGAAGUCUUCGCAGGCGGUGGGCGGGUGCCCCCUGCAGCAGGCCGUGAACAACAACUGCGACUCGCAGCGCCACCACGUGGACGAGGACCUGGCGCUGUGGUACCAGGCGUUCGAGCCCUCCAUUCGGAGGAGGGCCAGAGGAGGUCCAGGACGCCUUCUCCAGUGCCAUCUCGCGUGUGGGCACCGGGCCCUGGGGCGCGGGGGUCUGGUACGGCGACAGCCAGCAGUAUUUCCUCGCGGUCUGGCUGGCUACUGCGCUCCUCGGUGGGGUAGGCUUGGACUACUACGUGUACGACCACUUUUGCGAGAACCCUGGCAAUCAGUGCUUCGUGCUCGGCGCCGCCGGCUGCGCGGCGUGCAUCGCGAGCUCUGGGGUGCAGAACGUCAACGCCGACCGCUGUGGCAGCGCCAGCAUGCAGGACAUGAUCUCGAAGUUCACCGGCAAGACGGCCAAGGAGCUGUACCUUGGCCUUGCCAGUGUGGGCGGGCCGCCUUCCCAGGUGUUCGACUUGCUGGCGCCGUGGCAGCCCACUGCCGCCGAGAUGGCCGCGCCCGUCCCGGGCGAGGCGGAGGCUGCCGCGCAGGCUGCCGCGCAGGCGUCGCCGCCGUCGCUGCCGCCGCAGGCGCAGCCGACGCCGGCGCCGCUGUCGCCAACCGCGGCGCCGGCGCCGACCCCGCCCGGCGGCCAGGGCACGGCCGACGGAGCGUCGCAGGGGGCGGGCAGCCUGCUGCCCCCAACGGGCCUGACGCCGCCACCGCCGAUUCCGACGCUCGAGCCCGUGGUGGCGGAGCCUCUCGGGAGGUGUUUGCCCUUCCCCUUGUUCGGCAAGGCGAUUUGCUUCAAGAUGCCCCGGUGAGCAGAGGGCUGUUUUGUGUCGUAGGAGCAGAGGCGCCAGCCCUUCACACUCUGUUUGGGGCAGGGCGCUCCGUUUCAGCAUGCCCCAGUGCGCAGGAUGAGGCGAUGAGGCUGGCCGAUGUCACCUCACCGACCCUGCGUUAUUCUUCAGCGCGCGCCGCGUAGACCAUGCAGCGACGCGCUCGUCAGCCUCAUGCAGAUCCCAAAACAACCUUCAAGUCAUCCUCCCGUAUCCGUUGAAGCGACAGAGCAGAUUCUCCCCAGCCCUAAUCUCGCAGUCGAUGAUGCCUACUAUUACGUUCAGAUUGCGGGGGGGAGUGAUGGAGCGCAACACCCUAACGAAAUUGGAGUAUGCGCAGGGUGAUGGUCACCUCGCAGUAGCAGGCCCAGCCCUUCUCGAUGGAAGACGUCGAGGCUCGUGCAACACCUCUUCAGGUCCCGCCUUGAGGAUACCAACGCCCAC